UAAUCUCGGAUUCUUCGUCUUUAUAAAAAUCAAAACGCACAGGUGGAGGUGGGAACACAAAGCCAACCAUCAUCUGUUUUGAGUUGACUGGCACGCGGCAGAGAAAGAGUUAAGAGUCACGUGGUAGCGGGUGGUAUUGUCAGCCCCGGGCUGUUAAAAAAAAAAAGCGUAUGUGGAGGAAAAAAAAAAAAAAAAAAAAACUUGAGGAGAGAACAAAGAAAUCAGAGUCUAUUUAAAGAGAAGUCGCCCCCCGAUCCUGCAGCCGUGUGACUCCCGGCACUGCGCACCGCACACAGCUGCGCCAAAAACCCCAGCCUGCCUGUGCACCACCACGGCUCCCGACUGCGGUGAGGAUGCGGACUUCUCUGCUCGUGUGCUGCUGCGUGUUUGCGCUGCAAAGCCUCCCGAGCACGCUUUGUGCUCCAGCGCGGGGAUCCGGCAGGUACAAAGUGGCACCGGUCUCUGAAAAGUUCCCCGACCUGAAGAAGAGAGGGAAGGCCACUCACGCUCAGGACGUAGUGAAGGAGACGAGUUUGUCGAACAGCACUUCUAACACAUGGAACCGACCUCGCUGCGGCGUGCCGGACUACCCCGCCCAGAGGGAGGUGCACUAUCUAGGACGACAGCGCCAGAGACGAUACGUCCUGUACGGAGGACGUCUGGAGAAGACGGACCUCACCUACAGGAUCGUCAGGUUUCCGUGGCAGAUGGGCGAGGAAAAGGUUCGUCGUGUCUUUCGGGAAGCCCUGAAGAUCUGGAGUGACGUCACGCCGCUCACCUUCACCGAGAUCCACAGCGGGAAAGCUGACAUCCGCAUCGACUUCACAAGGUACUGGCACGGAGACACCCUUCCCUUCGACGGCCCGGGUGGGAUUCUUGCUCACGCUUUCUUCCCCAAAACACACCGACAGGGCGACAUUCACUUUGACUACGAUGAGUCAUGGACCCUUGGAAACCACAUGGGCACAGACCUUCUCCAGGUUGCUGCCCAUGAGUUUGGGCACGUCCUGGGCCUGCAGCACUCCCGUGAGCGGGGAGCCAUCAUGUCCGCAUACUACUCCUUCUCGUAUCCGCUGAAGCUGAGCGAGGAUGACAAGCAAGGCAUCCAGUACCUGUACGGCACUCAUCCACAAGUCCUGCCUUCGUCGCCGCCCCCACCUCCACCUCCAUACGACCCAGAGACCAAUGAGAUCGUCACUAAUCCCGACGCCUGCCAGACGGACUUUGAUGCUGUGUCUAUGAUCCGAGGGGAGCUGUUCUUCUUUAAGUCGGGCUACGUUUGGCGAAUCAGGGACGGGCAUCUGGAGAGCGGUUACCCGGCGCUGGCGUCCCGUCACUGGAGGGGGAUUCCUGACAACAUUGACGCCGCCUUUGAAGACAAGUCAGGGAAUAUUUGGUUCUUUCAAGGUGAGAACUACUGGGUGUUCGAUGCCGAGAUGCAGAUCAAGGGGCCGGAGUCCAUCAGGAGUUUGGGUCUAUCGGUGUCCGGGAUCCAGGCGGCGCUGCGCUGGGGCCACGACUCCAACUACAACACCUACUUCUUCAAGUCGGGCAGCUACUGGAGGUUCAGCCCCCGCGAGAACCGGGUCCAGUCCGUCUACCCCCGCAGCAUGCAGGACUGGAUCGGCAUCCCCGACGACGUGGACGCCGCUUUCAGGGACAUCUACGGCUACGCUCACUUCAUCCGAGGGCGACAGUACUGGAAGUUCGACCCUGUCGGCAUGAACUCUUUGGAGGGAUACCCUCGCUACAUCGGCAUGGAUUUUUUCGGCUGUAGGAACGUGUGAGAUCUCCUUCAAAUCUGUUCAUGCUUUACUCCAUUUAUUGAUACUCAGAUCAAUUACAGCUUCUUCUCAGGAAAACCAAGGGCAGCAGCUGCUGAGGCAGCAGCGAUGGCUCACAGCUUCACUCAGGAGUAUUUUCAGAUCCCUGUGGUGACCAGAACAUACACAACCGCCUGCGUCCUCACAACCGCUGCCGUGCAACUUGAGGUCAUCACCCCCUUUCAGCUUUACUUCAACCCCGACCUUAUUAUCAGAAGAUACCAGAUAUGGCGUCUGAUAACCAGCUUCCUCUUCUUUGGUUCUCUUGGAUUCAGUUUCGUGUUCAACAUCAUCUUCCUUUAUCGAUACUGUCGGAUGCUGGAGGAAGGCUGCUUCCGGGGAAGGACGGCAGAUUUUGUUUUCAUGUUCCUGUUUGGAGGAAUCGUGAUGACUCUGUUCGGUCUGUUCGCCAAUGUCUUCUUCCUGGGUCAGGCCUUCAUCAUCAUGCUGGUGUACGUGUGGAGUAGAAGACAUCCGCUCAUACGCAUGAACUUCUUCGGCCUCCUGAACUUUCAGGCGCCGUUUCUCCCCUGGGUGCUCAUGGGGUUUUCGCUGCUGCUCGGCAACUCCAUCGUGGUCGACCUCCUGGGUAUCAGCGUCGGUCACAUGUACUACUUCCUAGAAGACGUGUUUCCAAACCAGCCGGGAGGAAGGAAGCUGCUGAUGACACCAGAACUUCUGCGAACCAUGUUUGAUCGGCCGCAGGACCCAGACUACCAUCUCCUCCAGGAGCAGCAGCAGGGUGGAGACCUGCAGCAGGACGAGGAGCCGCACAACUAACAGCAGCUAACAGCAGCUAACAGCAGCUAACAGCGGCUAAUAGCGGCUAACAGCGGCUAACAGCAGCUAACAGCAGCUAACAGCAGCUAAUAGCGGCUAAUAGCGGCUAACAGCAGCUAACAGUAGCUAACAGCGGCUAACAGCGGCUAACAGCAGCUAACAGUAGCUAACAGCGGCUAACAGCAGCUAACAGUAGCUAUUAGCCGCUAACAACAGCUAACACCGGCUAACAGCGGCUAUUAGCCGCUAACAGCAGCUAACAGCCGCUAAUAGCAGCUAACAGCAGCUAACACCGGCUAACAGCGGCUAUUAGCCGCUAACAGCAUCUAACAGCCGCUAACAGUAGCUAACAGCGGCUAACAGCAGCUAACAGCGGCUAACAGUAAAGCCGACACCAAGACCCCCAGAAUCAGCAGGAAUCAUCCGGCAGUCCUGAACCGUCGUAAAAGACAAUAAGACGCACAAGGACUGAACUGAAAGCUCAGCAUCAUAAACAUUUUUUUUUAUUUCAAUUACGAAAAUGCAUUUCUGUUUUCUUAAAACUAUUUUUGGAAGCUAAUGGCACGUUCACACAAAAAAAGUGUUUGAAACUGUUGAACUGUGGAGAAGUUAUUUGUGUGGAUGAGACACCAGCACUGAAAACGCCAGAGAAGCAAAUCAAGACUGUGUCGCUGCGUCUGAGGCGCCAAAGUGCGACUUCAACCAGCGACAGGAUAUGAGGCCAAAAUGCAAAGGAUUAGGGGAAGAACUGAGCUCGUGUUCACUUGAUUUUAUAAGUGUUCUUCAGUAGUACAAAGAGAACAGAGACGACUGUAUGUGUGACACAAAUGUUCAUGAUGUCACAGCUUUGUACAGGUUUUGUGAGGAUGGGGAUUUAUUCAACACGUUUGUGAGACCUCAAUGCGUUUUGUUUGUUGACAAGAAAACUCCACAGGACACCUUUAACGUCCACUUACACGCUUCCUCUGAGCUCUCAGGGGUCACCUGAGGGUGGUGGAUGUAGGCGACAUACGUAACCCUGUUUCCUAAAAGUGUGAGAUUCCUGGGGUGCGUAGAAAGCUAGUAAGUGGACCUUUGAGUUAAGAUUAUUCAUGUACCAACAGAAAUCAUGUUAAAUACCACAAGCAGGUUUAUAAAAGAAGCCAAAUGUG